UGUCGUUCUCUGCUUAAGCAUCCUUCUCCUCGUCUCACCUCUGGCCCUCUCUGAUCGAUCUUUUUCUGCGUACUCUGAAGUCCGAAGAAAUAAACCGCUACAUGUUCUUAACAAACAAUACAGUGAGGUUAGAAAGAGAGGAAAAAUGGUGAGGGCUGAAACUGAAUCAAGCUUAUGGAGCAAAAGGGAGAACCAAAUUGCUGUUUUAAUUAUGAAGAAGGGUGCAGCGCCAGCACGAUCGUCUUAUAAUUUUGAUGUGAGCAAAGUAACACAAUUAGUUGAUUGCCGGGCACUUUCGUGGAUAUGGGGGGAGAAAGUUAACAAGAGAAGCUGCAAUGAUUCUCUUUAUUCCAGUUGUUGCAUCAGUACUGAUGAUUACAUCAGUCGACUACCUGAUGAUGUUCUGGUUACCAUUCUGUCUCGACUGACAUUCAGAGAAGCAGCCAGAAUCAGUGUCGUCUCCAGAAGAUGGAGAUGCUUGUGGACAUUUUAUCCUGGUCUAUUGGACUUCGAUGCUUCAAGUACCGUGUUGGAAAUAAAGAACAAGUCUUACGAGGAGAGGGAAUUGAUUCUUCCAAUUGAACAGCGUAAAUUUGUGAAUUCAGUGAACCAAGCCUUGAAACAAUAUCAGGGUUUGAGUGUUGAUGAACUCAAGAUUUGUUUUGACGUGGAUCAAUAUAAACGUGAAAUUGAUAGUUGGAUCCACUUUGCAAAGGAAAAGGAUGUUAAAAAGUUUAGGUUAGAUCUGAGAAGUUGUACAAAAUGGCCUUUCGGAGACUACAGUUUUCCCCUGCAGUCACGCAGCUCUUCCAGCUUUAAUUCUCUAACGGCCCUGCAUUUGAUAUCUGUGGAAGUGACUGGAAAAGUUAUUGAGCACCUUUUAUCUAAUUCUCCAUUCCUUGAAGGGUUACAUGUGGAACGUUCAUCAUGCCUGGGUGAUCUGAAAGUUUCUAGUUCAUCUGUUAAGUUAAAAUACUUGGUUUUAGCUUAUAAUCUUGUGGAAAAUGUUGAGAUAUCUGCCAAAGAUCUUGUUUCUUUUAAGUAUCAUGGAAGAAAGACAAACAUGUCUCUAAUGGAUGUUCCUCGACUAACCGAGGUAUCAGUUGGGGGACCUUACUGUGAUCAUCUAUUAGAAGAUAUGUUAUCAGAUUUUUCAAGUUAUCUUUCUCAACUGGAAGAGCUUUCAUUGUGCCGAGGGUUUAAGACUUUUGAUGAUUACCUUAACUUUUUGGAACUUCAGAUGAAUUGGGGCAUUCCGAUCCAGAAAUUCUCUGGACUAAACAAUCUUAAGCAAAUGCAGUUGAUUUUAGAUGUGUUUGAUGAGGAGGGCCUUCUCUAUUCCCGCUCUUUGAUAGAAGCUUCUCCCUCAUUACAUAGAUUAUCGCUGCAGUUACGACCAAGACCUAAAGAAAUGUUUGGGGAGAUGACAUGGAGGUCUACUGGGGGCCAAAAACAUCAAUCCCUGAAGGUGGUGGAAAUUGUUGGGUUUACGGGUCUUACUUAUGAUCUUGAACUUGCCCUGGACUUAGUCAAGUAUGCCGUGUCUCUUCAAAAAUUGAUAAUUGAUCCGCGACAGUUGUUUUGGUCGGAAGAGGAGUCGAGCUCCAAUGAAGACACAAGGGAACUGGAGGCUGCCAGAAAUCGUGCCCAAAAGAUGCAAGCAAAAUUACCUUCACGAGUUGAACUGGAAAUACUUUAAUCUUUCAUGGUUUUUUUUUUAGUUAUGUAUUUAUAAAGCUUGAUAACAGCAAAAGCUGAUAAUUUGACAUGCGCUAUAAUCUUGAGAUGGUGGUAACUCGCAAGCAACUGUCUAGCUGGUGACGCAGGGUUUUUAUAUACAUAGUUGGGUUCGAGAUUUCA